UCUCAUUAAGACCAUUAGACCUGCCAGCAGUCCACCUAUAAGCCACAGCUGAGGGUAAAACUACACAGGAUCUUCAUUUCAAGGAGCUGCACCGCUUUUUGCUUCUUAAACCGAUUUCACCCUUCACUGGAACUAAAGACAAGACCUACUGGUAGGCUAAAACAGCACACAGGUAUGGACAAUAGACUACUUCUCGCCGUCCUGUUUGUGACACUGUCCUGGAUAUCUGAGGCAGGGGCAAACAAUGCAACAAGUGAACCAAAUACGGCAAUGGCAACCGACAUGACAUCGGCGGGAAACAGCAUAACAAGUGAACCAAAUGCGACAAUGGCAACCGACAUGACAUCGGCGGGAAACAGCAUAACAAGUGAACCAAAUGCGACAAUGGCAACCGACAUGACAUCGGCGGGAAACAGCAUAACAAGUGAACCAAAUGCGACAAUGGCAACCGACAUGACAUCGGCGGGAAACACCAUAACAAGUGAACCAAAUGCGACAAUGGCAACCGACAUGACAUCGGCGGGAUACACCAUAACAAGUGAUCCAAAUGCGACAAUGGCAACCGACAUGACAUCGGCGGGAUACACCAUAACAAGUGAUCCAAAUGCGACAAUGGCAACCGACAUGACAUCGGCGGGAUACACCAUAACAAGUGAUCCAAAUGCGACAAUGGCAACCGACAUGACAUCGGCGGGAAACACCAUGACAAGUGAACCAACUGGGACAAUGGCAACACACAUGACAACAGAAGUACCCACCACUGCUUUAACAGCAGUGCCCCCACUGAUACCCAACAUCACAGUGGAAAAUCUUGAGACAACUAUUUCUAACACAGGAUGUGGGACCGAACAGCUCUGUGCAGCUGAGCCUUCUUCAUGCAACCCUGCCAGUUCAGGAUCAUGUUUCUUUCUUGCUGCUAAGCAGCAAAGUGGUCAAAACUUUGAUUUUGAGCUCUCAGGGGAGUCAGAAGGCUACCUCGCUGCCUCCCUCUCAUCUGACAGCACACUGGGAGGGAACGACACAACCUACGUCUGUGCAAACGACAAUGGUGUUGUUAAGUUCAUUGGUGCUGUCCUCGACAAUGGCAAGCUGACAGAGAAAGAGCUGAACGUGAACACUGUAAAGGGCAAGGUCACUGGAAAAACAAUCCAGUGCACGUUUGCUGCCACCGUACCAGACCCAGUUGCUAGAACAGCAGGUUUCUCGGUCUCAGUCUCCACUGGAACUUACAACAGCAGUUCUGACCGUCUGGGACCCGUAAACACCCAAUUAAAGAGCCCUGUUGUAGAUCUGACGAAGCCUAACACCGUCGUCAUCAAUGAGCUUGCCACCAACACCACCACAUCCCCCAAUACCACAGACUCUAGCUACUCCUUUACACUCCAGCAAUCAAUGACACAAGCUCUGCUGAUCUCUGCAGGUGUGCUGAGUCUGACCAUGGUCUAAGGAAAUGGAAACCCCCAUCAGUCAAGACAAGAAAACCAUAACUUUCCUAUUCAUAUUAUACAUGUGCCACUGAAUAUAAACAGUUAAACAUCUCACAAUGCAGCCCUGAUAAUUAAAAUCAUGCUUAAGUUUAUGUCAACUCACUGCAGGUGAAAGUAGGAGCGGCAUAGGGUGGUCACUCUUCUUCCACCUUCUGCAGACUGCUUUCACAUCUGUUCUAGGCUAAGAAACAAGUCAAGGUGUAAAUCAAUCUUUGAAUGGCAGUACUUGGCUUUCACCAGGAGAUGCUUUAGACAAAUUUUACUAUUUAAGCCCACAUUAUGAACGACAGGCAAAAACCUCAUAACUUGGUGACUCCAUGUAACGGUGUUGCUACUGUUGGAAAAUAUCUGUUGGUAAAUUUCAACAGAGCAUAAAUGCAAAAACUUUUGUCAAAAAGCUGAGGGACUACAGAAGAACUGUUUGUUAACCUUAUUUUUCUUUUACUAUCUCUCAGUAUAUGCCUUUAUGAGUGACAAUACUCAUGUUGCUUUGCUUGCUUUGUCAAUACACAUUUACAUUCAUGUCUUAUGUUUCUUGUGGCACACAUCAGACAAGCAGAGAGACAAAGUUUUUCUCCCCUCUUGUCACUCAUAAUGAAGCCAGCAAAUGGUAGACAUGUGUGUUUUGUUAAAUUGUUAUUCUUUUUGGUGUGAAUGUACGUACUGUGGAUCAUUUAACAAUGUUUUUAAAAUGAAGCCUAAUAUUAUUGAUAUUUUCAUGUGCAUGUAUGAGCAAGUGCACAUGCAAAUGAGCAGCUGCAUAUACAGAAUGCUUGUUAUGAUACCAAAUAUUGGUUAAACUGAUUUUGCACAUUAAUAACAGAAUGCAGGACUUCAAGUUUGUAUUAUAUGUUUUUGAAAUAAAUGUUUUUCCCAAACCGG